GUUGACCUCAUCGGUCGAGCAAAUCCAACUGCGUCACACGCGCUUAGGUGGUGAGUGCGUCUUUUCUACGUUGUUCGUUGCGUUGUAUCUCCAGAGCUUGUUGCUGUCAUUGGGAUUUCACAACGUUCAUAUGCAGCCUGGGAAGGGACGGUCAUCUACCGCUCUGACGUCAACGCAUUCAUCCGGUUCUCAAGCAGAGUUUCUGUUUGUAAAUGACGAUUUUUUCAUCGACUCAGAAUCUCGUAUAUCCAACAACCCGAUAAAAGCUGCAGAGAGACAAAGAGAGCUGAUGGCUGAAGUCUCUCAAGCGGAUCCUCAACCGGAAAUGAAUGAAGCCGACCAUGAACUGCUUGAAGAGGCAGCGGAUUACGGUGCUACGGAGAUGACACCUGUUUAUCUUCCUUCUAGCGACAAGAAGUUGAUCACGACCCUUGAAGAGAAGGAGAAGCCAGUCUCAACAUCCACAGCCGCGUCCGGAUCAAGCGGAAGAGCCAAAGAACAUAGCGAAGUCACGAAAUCGUCAACACCUGAUCCAGAAGUAGGAGCAGCAGAAGAAUCACAGGAAGUCGAACAAGAUGCACGCGCCCACCCACCAAACCCUUACCUCUCGAACAAAAUCAUGGAAUGGUUUGACCCGUUAAACCACAAGUUUCAAGAUCCGGAUAGGCGGUUCGAGCCCUACGGCGCCUUCUGGGAGGACGAGAGGAAAGAAUUUGUGUCGAAUCGAAGAAAUUUGAGGACACCAAGGAUGCGAAGGGUGUCGAAAGAGGUAUGUUGGGAAGUAUUUUUAAUUUUACACUUGAGUGGGACAUCGAUCUAGGACAACUUUCAAAACCUUAAUAUUUUUAAACUUCUGUAAGUAUACGUAAACUACAUGAGCUGUUACUCUUCGCACUCGCACUACUGGAAUUCAACUUCUUCUAGAUUCAAAUCUUGAAUCUUCCCUCUCUUUUGCCCUUCCUCGUUUUGCCCCGAUUUUCCCUCAAACAAAGCGAUGCGGCGCAACCGUACUACAACGGAAGUAAAGCGCAAGAGAACGCCAGCACACAAGCGAAAUCACGAAGAUGUGGUAUUAAGCCGCCAGUUCUACUACAAGGACUACACAGCCAGACCAGUUAGGCAUGUACCGAACGCUACUGGCACUUGGACUGAACUACAAGAAGAUGGGAUGUUCGUCAACGGACUAGGAGUGGAUUUGACAGACCUGCUGCAACGACGCGGACUGACACUUUUAGAGGGCGAAGAGGCAGAGCAACUAGACCGAGAUCAAGAGUUGCUACGAGAUUACCAAGGGAGCAAAACGACAGAAGAAUUGUUGUCUUUGCUGGGUGGGACAGCAGAUGCAACAAAGACGAACAAGAUUGAGGUGGUGUUGCAUGAGAGUGACCAAUCGAUAGCGUCGAUUAAAGGUGGUGGAGG